CUCCGGCUGCAGCAGGGCUCCUGCCAGCACUACCUGCACAUCCGCCCGGCUCCCAGCGACAACCUGCCUCUGGUGGAUCUAAUCGAGCACCCGGACCCUAUCUUUGACCCCAAGGAGAAGGAUCUUAACGAGACCUUGCUAAGGAGCCUCAUGGGAGGACACUUCGACCCUAACUUUAUGGCUAUUUCCCUGCCCGAGGACCGGCUCGGGGUAGACGAUCUGGCCGAGCUGGACUUGCUGCUGCGGCAGAGACCCUCGGGAGCGAUGCCCGGCGAAAUCAAGGGGCUGGAGUUCUACGACGGGCUGCAGCCGGGCAAGAAGCACAGGCUGAGCAAGAAGCUGCGCAGGAAGCUGCAGAUGUGGCUCUGGUCCCAGACCUUCUGCCCGGUCCUAUACACGUGGAACGAUCUCGGCAGCCGCUUUUGGCCCCGGUACGUCAAAGUGGGCAGCUGCUACAGUAAAAGGUCUUGCUCGGUCCCAGAAGGCAUGGUCUGCAAACCUGCCAAGUCCGUGCAUUUAACGAUCCUGAGGUGGCGGUGCCAGCGGCGGGGCGGGCAGCGGUGCACGUGGAUCCCCAUCCAGUACCCCAUCAUCGCGGAGUGCAAGUGCUCCUGCUAGGGCUGCGUGCCCGCCGGGCUGCCGGGGACCUUUGCUGCAACAAACAAGAGACACUGCUUUCUGGUUAACGUUGUAAUGCACUGUAACGUGUAGGAGAAUGUAUAUUGUGUGUAUAUAUGGCACCGUUUUAAUAUACUAUUAAAAGGUCAGUAUUAUACGUGAAAUAAUCAGCGUCUACUGUAUUUUUAAGACUAUUACCCUGAUCGUUGCUAAUGUAUCUUUUUUUUUUUUUUGUAUUUAUAUUCCAGAGAGGAGUUGCUUCGCUUUGGCGAAGUCGGUUUGUUGUUGUUGUUGUUGUUUUUUAAUAAAAGGAUUAAAAAAUACAAACCAAACUUUUUGAUAAGAAAACCUUUUAAAGCUAUUUUCCAUUAUUUGGAAAGCGUGUUGGUGUGUUUGUUUUUUCUUCUUAUGGACUUUAGGUUAAAAAGAAAACGCCUCUAGCACAAUGUUAUUGUAAAUAGAACGGUUUGAAUGACUUAAUUCUAUGUAAAUGAAGAGUAUCUGCUAUUUAUUCUUUAUAUCCCUGUAGUAAAAGCGCAGAGCAGAAUUAAAGUCAACCACUAA